AUGAUUAAUGAUGGUUGCAAUAAUACAAGUUCACUGCCAAAAAUCACCCGAUUAAACACGAACAACGAAAUCGAUACAACGAACCAACCAGGAGAAACCGGCCCAACCAUUCCAUCAGAAGAUACCGUAUUAUGCGAUCCAGUCGGCGUAGUAGAAUUAGAAGAUAUUACCGAUGACGUCAUGCAGCCCGAAGUGGAAUCACUAGACGAGGUCGUGUCGUCUCUUCUUCUAAACGAUGUCAUCGAGACGUUGUGCAAAGAUGUAGUUUCGGAACUGGCCUGCGGAGACGAAGUAUCGCAUCUCUCCGAAGCGCCCGGGUCGUCCGGGCAAGAUGCGAUGUUGAACGUCGGCCCGGAGGAGCAGGCUGCAGAUGAACCAGUAGACGAGUUAAUAAUGUUAGUGGAAGACGUGCCGGCCGAGGCCGAAGCAAAAGUGGAGGAGUCGGGUGAACUGGAGCAUCCGCCAUCAGACAAGAAAUGCUGCAAACCUCCUCCAGGUGGGCGAUCACGGAGGAUCGUCGCCACCGUCUGUAGGGGACCAAAAAUAGUUUUCGAUAUUUGGUUGGUAGAUUAUAAACCCCAUUCCUCAGGUUUAAGAGUUACACGAAAUGGUGACCAAGAAAAACACGAGGAAACAAUGAAAAGCAUUAUAAAGAAAAACAUCAACAACCGCGACGGUGCAUUGGUCCGUUUGAGCGCGCGGCGAUCGUCGAACACGGCGCGGCGUCGUGCGACGUACCGGAGGAGUGAGUGUUAUAAAAGCUCGUGUCCAUCCGCAUUCUCGAAACAGCCGACUGCGGACAUCAUGGCCAGCACCGCGGUACUACUGAGCAGGUAUUCAUCGCGGUCCGCGGAACCGCUGCACGACCGUCGCAAUAACAGGGUUCCCGUCAACGGAGGGUCCUCAAUCGUUCUCGACAGAUCGGACUUGUUUAGCGUGUCUCCCGUUUGUCCAGGACUGGCUCUCUGCGGCGCUCUGUCCAUUUACACGGACAAAGAGACGGUGGCCGCGCUCCGGCCUACGUGCCUGGUCAAUUGCGCCGGCGAACUUCCAGACACGCCACUACCGGACACCGUGCACAGGUACCACAAGGUACCGGUGGCGGACACCGUGGAUACCGACCUCGGACCACACAUGGACACGGUUACCGAUCUCAUACACCAGGAAUAUAUUUCUGGAGGUACGACAAUAAUACAUUGUGCAGCUGGAGUUAGUAGAUCAGCUGCUUUUUGCAUAGCAUACUUGAUCAAGUAUCGUUGUAUGACCAUGAGUAAUGCAUAUCGUCACGUAGCCAAAUGCAGACCUUGCAUAAAUCCAAAUACAGGAUUUAUCAGUCAGCUAAUAGAAUUCGAAGGAAAAUGUAGAGAGGAAUAGCUGUGAAUAAAAUAAUGUUUAUAAUACACAAAAAUCAUUCCAAACAUAAAUUAUAAUUGUAUUGUAUAGCUAGUAUUGUAAGCUUUUUAAAUGUCUUA